GUCGUGUGAGAGAGUGUCGCGACGUUGCCAGCACUGACUGUACCAACGGACGCUACGGGAGUCCGCAGCCGGCAUAGGCUCAGUUGGCAGCAGUACGUUCAACUAGAAGCACCUACCAUGGCCGAUAUCUCGAAGGACGAGCUACGCAAGGAGAUCACCGCUAUCCUCAAGGAUGCGGAUCUCACUACAAUGUCUGCCAAAAAAGUAAGGCAACAAAUUGAGGAGAAACUCGAUGUUGAUCUUACAGAAAGGAAGAAGGAGGUCGAUGAUUUAGUUAUGGAGUGUCUUCAAGAGAAACAAGAUGGAGGUAAGAAAAAGAAGAAGGCUGCUAGUGAGGAGUCUGAAGAUGGUGAGGAGGAAGAAGAAGAAGCAUCAGAAGAGGAAGAGGAGGAGGAAGAAAAGAAGCCAGCCAAGCGAAGUCCUACCAAGAAGGCUCCUAGCAAACGCAAGAAGGGUUCAUCUGACGAUGAGGAAAGCGCUAGUGAUGAUGAUGCUAGCGAUGAGGAGUACAGCCCAAAGAAACCUAAAGUUACACCCAAAAAAAAUAAGCCUGGAAAGAAGGGAAAAAAGAAGGGAAGUGAUAGUGACAGUGAUGAAGACUGGGGAAAGAAUAAGAAGGCUCCAGGAAGCACAGCAAAGAAGGGUGGCGGCGGCAAAGGCAAGGGUGGUGGUUACACACGCGCCAUCACAUUGUCUCCAGAGCUUGCAGCGAUUGUUGGCGCUGAACAAAUGGCUCGACAUGAAGUCGUCAAGAAAGUAUGGAGUAUCAUCAAAGAAAGAAACCUAUAUGACCCUAAGAAUAAACAGUUUGCGAUUUGCGACGAGGAACUAAUGAAGGUAAUCGGCGUGAAGCGCUUUAGAACUUUUGGUAUGAUGAAAUACCUUAAAAAUCAUUUUGUAGACUAAAUCAUCCCCAAAUCCUGAUCUCCGACAAGUUAUAUAUACAUAUAACAUAUUCCAGGGUGCGCCGUGCACCUCCAUCUUUCUCACAAAAUACAUAAAAUAUAUACAUAUACAUGAAACACAAACGUAUUUCUUGCGACUUAAGACUUUAGACCAUGUUUACGCUAUUCCGAUAUAAUCUGUCGCCCAUCGUAACAGUUUUAUCCCGGUUGCUUCCUCGCUGGUCAUUGAAUUGUUUUAUGCUGAUAGAUAAUAAUAUCUAAUUAUAACUCGAUAAUUAUGAUUAGAAAUGAAUUGCUGAUUUCAGUAAGAUAUUGAAGAAUAACAUUUCAAUCAUGUUACGCGUAUCUUAACUCUUCCUUGGUAAAUUCAUUAAAUUAUUGGGACAAUUGUUACUCUGGACGUUCAGAUGAUUUCGAAAUGUGAAAGACAUUACAGUGGCCAACAGUCAAUAAGCCGGUUUUAAGUCAUCCAAUUCGGAGUAAAUGUUAUAUAUCAUUUGUAUGGUCGUCAUUAAUAACAAUAUCUUACUCCCGACACGAAAACAUGACGUACUGUUAUUAAAUACGAUAUUUAAAUGACAAACUAGAAAAAAGCACAUUUGAACUCGAAAAUAAUUUGUUCAAAAUAUAAGUAGCUAGAUUUUACCCCGUGACAUUUUCACCAGCGACAUUUGUUACUAUCGAUUAAAUUACAACAGUAGUAGUUGCUCUUUCAGUUUGUUUGAAGCAGAUUACAAAUAUACCUUUUUUAUGCUCUUGUCUUGAUGAUCUUAAUAUUUUUUUCUAUAACGAACUGCGUGAUACUUUUGUCGUUUCUUUCUCCUCCUUUUAUGUUAAAUGCAAUGUUGAUGAUUCUUGGAUAAUGGAUGUAAUAAAGUGUCAGACAAUUUUGCCCCUAAAAGGGAGGAAAUGUGUGUGGACAUUGAAAAGGAGCACGGAAAACAAAGAAAAGAUAUGCGAAAAAUCAACAUCCUGUACCUCUUCUGUAUAAUAGCUACAUUAUACACUGAAAUUGUAAGCAAAGUUUAAUUGUAUUAUCGUGUAAUUACUAAUUAUUGUCGUAAUAUAGGUUUCUUGGUGUAAAAAUUGACCUAAUGUUUAAGAUCUAAUGAUAAAACAAUAUAUUCACUAAAAGGUACGAUAUAAGCAUAUAAAAUCAUAGUGCAGCGAUCACUGCACAAUGUUGAAGCGUAGGAAAUAUAAUAGGCUCACGGAGCGCGGAAAAUAGCCACGCAAGUCUGUCCGAGCUUCGACAUGUGUAAAAUUUGUGUAUUUUGAAUAUAAAUUAAAGAAAUGCAGGCCUAAGUCUCUCUAUCACGAAAAAAGCCACAUGAAUGAAAUCAUUGCAGUUUGAUGAUCAGGAAAGCGCUAUAUACGCCAAGAAAAUGAUACGUGCACACGGAAUGAUAAAUUAUAAUGCAGAUUCGUUUUCUAAACCCGGAAAGAUGGAUGGUUUAAACUGUAAUGUUCCGUGAAUUGUAUUUGGGAAUGUCAUUAAAAAGUAUUGCUUUGGUUUUUUUUUUAA